GCGUUGUAUUAACUGGUUGAUGGCUCUCCUCGGCCAGGAGAAGGUGGCGCACCGCGGGGACUCCCUCCUCGGCAGAACUGUCGGAGGACAAGCAGCAGCUCACUGCCGCCGUCCGUCGCCGGUAGCCGAGCAGUGCCAAGGCGGCCCCUCCCCUUUAAGGAGGUAGGGGCCGGGCUGGCCUCCCCACGGCACCUGUGGGAGGGGGAGCCGAGCGGGGCGGGGGCAGGGAAAGUUUGUCUCUGUGGUUGGCUGCGCGGCCGGGCUGAGGAGGGGGACGACAACGGCGCUGGCGACGACGGAGAGGCGGGCGGCUCCCUCCCUCCGGCUCCCAGGACAAGCGAGCGAGGGCUGCCGCUGCUGGUCUUCCUGGGGCUGGGCUUGCCCCUCCUCCUGUUGGAGGCUCCACUUGGCCGAGGCGCUGACUGACCCGGGGGCUCCGGCUGGCCUUGGGCGCGCAGAUCCAUCCCGCCCCCGCCUCCCGGAGACGGCGGCAUGGGGCACCGAGGGGAGAAGGCGCCCCUUCUCCUCCUCCUAUUACUGUUUGCUUCCUGCCAUGGACGUAUUGUGAAGGUGCCUGCGGGUCCCCUAAUCCGAGUCGAGGGCACAAAAGUGGCGAUUCCUUGCAAUGUUAGUCAAUACGAUGGACCUAGUGAGCAGAACUUUGACUGGGAGUUCUCUACAAACCCCACUCAGGACAAUAAAUUCUUACAUGUAGUGAGUACUUGGGAUCCUACUUUCAUGUCUCAGGAAUAUGAAGAUCGGGUUAACCGAAAGGAGAUCACAUUGAAGCGAAACAGCAAUGAUGCUGUAGAACUUGUGAUUCACAGCAUUCGUCCUACUGACCAAGGGAUGUACCGAUGUACUACACCUAGCACAGAUGCUGUCUUUUGGGGAAAUUACAAUGCUAAAGUCGAAGUCAAAGUGAUUGCUGAUGGCUUAACUGUUAGUGGGUCAAAAGGCCGAUCCAUGUCCACUCGGAACUUAUCGGAAGGAGAUCCGUUUCAGUUGCCCUGCUCAGCUUCCACCAAUUCUUCAGAGCACACCCAUCUGCAUGUUUCUUGGGAAUUUAAGAAUGACCUGGCCUGGCAAGAAAUUCUCUCCUUGACGCAUGAGGGCAAGUUCCAGCCUGGCCCAGAGUAUAAUGAACGCUAUAUCAUUGGAGAGGUGCGCUUAGAUGCCAUGGCCAAUGAUGUUUACCGCUUGUCUGUGUCCCAAGCCCUUCCAACAGACGAGGGUGCCUACAGGUGUCGAGUGAGUGAGUGGGUUAAAGGAGCAGAUGGGUCAUGGCAAAAGAUCCAAGAGAAGAGUGCAGAUGUCGCAAAUGUGGUGGUGCAGCCAACAGCUUUGGGUGUGUUCAUCACCAGUACCAAUGUAUCUGUGACGGAGAGAGACUCCCUCGACCUCACCUGCAACUUCACAACAGACAGAAGUGGUAUUUUUCAAACCAAAGUCACGUGGUAUUUCAGUGAAUCACCUGAUGGUACGAUGGGAGAGGCUCAGGUUUUGCUGAGUGCAGACCGUGAUUCUGUAAUUAGUGACUCCACCCUUAUUGGCCUCAGCCAUGUGGACCGAAGUUCUUACCACCUGUUGGUGCGUGAUGUGGGCAUUGAAGAUUCUGGCUACUACUUCUGCCAAGCAGCUCUCUGGGUGCCACAGCACAAUGGUACCUGGCACAAGAUAGCUGAGAGAACUUCUGUUCCUGUCAGUGUGGAAGUCCUAGCAUUAGAGCCAAGUUACAAUGUAUUUCUGAAUGCUUCUAAAAUGCCAAAGUACUCAGAGGAUCCCACAGAACUGGAGUGUAAGAUAACAGAGGCACAGAACACUGAAGCAAAUGUACGUUUCACGGUGUCCUGGUACUACAGACUACCCACUCGUAGUGAUGAAGUGGUAAAAGAUGAACUUCUUGCCACCAUGGAUGCAGACUGGACACUUGUGGUUGGGGAUAGGAGCAAACAGAGGGCCCAGAAUGGAGAAAUUAUUUUCUUUAAGCCAACUGUAAACACUUUCCGCUUACGGAUCCAGUGGACCUCUGAAGGAGACAAAGGAAACUAUUACUGUGUAAUUUCUUCAUGGAGCAGACAGCGCAACAACAGCUGGAUAAGGAUCAAGGAUGUGGCUUCCAUGCCUGUAAGCAUUUUAUGGUCUACGCAAGAUUAUGCGCUGACUGUAGAGGCUGUGAAGCUGAAGCCAUUCUUCAUGGCAGGGCACACCUUUGAAAUGACAUGCAAGGUGUCUUCCCAGAACAUCAAGACUCCUCGGUACUCAGUCCUCAUUACAGCUGAGAAGCUCCUGAAUGACCAAUCAAAUCCCAAUGGAACCACACGCAUAAUUUCCCUCAAUCAAGAUUCAGUGGUCAGACGGGAAGACUGGACAGACCAGGACCGGGUGGAUGGUGUGGUCUUGGAAAAGGUCCAGGAGAAUGAGUUUCGCUACAGAAUGUAUCAGACCCAGAUUUCUGAUGCUGGACUGUAUCGCUGUGUAGUGACUGCAUGGUCACCAGGGGGUGGAGGCAUGUGGCGAGAAGCAGUCAAUGGUCUCUCCAAUCCCAUCCAGAUAGACUUCCAGAUUUCAGGUCCUGUGUUUAAUGUCUCCGUACAUUCAGAUAGUCCAACAGUUUAUCGGGGUGAGUUGGUGACCUUAGAUUGCAUCAUCACCAUUGAAGGAACACCACUCAAUCCAGAUGAUAUGUCCUUCAACGUCUCCUGGUUUGCCCUACGCUCUUUCACAAUGGACAAAGACUCUGUUUUCUUAGCUUCAUUCAGCCGGAAAGGAAUAGUGACCCUUGCCAGAAGAAAUGGAAGUAGUGAUGUUAGUUUGGAGAGAAUCAGUUCCCUCGAGUUCCGGCUUAGGGUUCAUGGCUGUGAGGACCAAGAUUUUGGCAAUCACUACUGCUUGGUAACCCCCUGGGUGCGAUCAGUUGCAGGUGUCUGGCAGCAAGAGCCAGAGAUAAGAUCCAAGCCAGUUCUUGUGACUGUGAAAAUGGAUGUGCUGAACGCUUUCAAAUACCCACUGCUAAUUGGCAUUGGGCUUGCCACGUUCAUUGGACUCUUAUCCUGUCUGAUUGGCUACUGCAGUUCCCGUUGGUGUUGCAAGAAGGAAGUUCAAGAAACAAGGCGAGAGAGACGCCGACUGAUGUCUAUGGAAAUGGACUAAACAUGUGAGCGUGUGAGGUGCAUGCACACGUUUUGGGGAGAUUUUGGAAGGCCUGGGGGCACUCUCGGACUUGAGUGUGCCACACCAAAAUGCCCUGACAACAAAAUUGUCUGAUCUUGUCCUGGACCUAGAGCCUCUCCUUUUCUACCCAGUGUUUCACAUUGAGAGCACAUGUGUCAUAUUUUUCAGCAUUGAGCUCUUCUUCCAACGGCACUUCUUAAGGGGAUAAUUCUUUCUCACAGGCAAACUGUUCCACAGUGUUCUUCCAGCAGACCUUAGGCAAGACUCACUCUAAAGAUUGGUUUUAAAAAACCAUUUUUUCUUUGUUAUUUAAUAAGGAGAUGGAAUGGGGGAAACUCAGAGGAAACAUCUCUAGAAAAGGGAGAAAAUGUUUCAGUGCUCUGGGCAUGUCUAUUGGCAAAAAACAAAAACAAACCCUUUCUUUUAUUGGUGGGACUGGAAUUUAUUCCAAGCCAGAACCUGGAUUAUAGUCUGAAGGUUAUAUUUUUUAAAAAUCAUAGGGGGGGUUGUGAUACUGGUUUAGCAGCCCUACAGGUUAAUUAUCAGAAAUGGACAGCAAUACAAACCUCCUUUUUUUACAGUGUGAUUUCUUCCCCACCGCCUCAACUCCACUGUGCUUUGUAUAGUACCCACUGUUGUUAUUCUGGUGACAGGUGUUUGAAUCUCUGUGUCCUGCUUGUUACGAAUAGUCCCAACAGAAAUUGCCACCAGGUUUUCUGCUUCUGCUCACUGUGUGUGUGAGUUUUGCGUAAUGAGUUUUCACAUCUAAAAACUGGAUGGAGACUGCUAAAUAUCCUUAUGAUCUGCAUAAGAACUUCUAACUCAAGGACCAGAAGGCCUAAAAUGGAGGCAAAAUUCUCCUACAAACAGUUCUUUGUCGGAAUGAGAAUAGCUGGUUGAUUCCAUCUGACAGUGUGUUGGAAUAAGGUGCACCAUGACUGAGAUCCCUUUAGAUCACUGAAUGGAAUAUGGACUAGAUCCACAGCUUACUAUUAGGGAACUUGCAUACACACUUGCUUUUAGAGCUACCUAGGUAGAUUGACAUUAAGAACAGUGGGUCAAGGUCUGCAGUUGUAACUCAGGGUAAUGUGGGGAGAUUGCAAAUAGGUAGGAGAGUCUGCCCGUUUUAUGGAUGUUUUUGUGCUUGCCACAAUGCCAAAUAUUGCAGUGUAUCUUUUGCCUAUUAUCUAGGAUUGGCGAUACCUAUCAUCAUGGGGUUCUUUGGUGCUGCAAUAGAGAGACUUAUUUCUUGUCUUCCACAUCCCAAGGAGCUUGCCCCUGUGACAUAAGGCAGCUGUAUCUUCCAGCACAACAAGUAUUUCUAAGCAAUAAGAAAUCAGAACAUAAGCAUUUUACAGAAAAUAUUAUGCAUUUGUACAUGCACGACUCAACUCAGAGUAAAGAGCAAGUUAACCCUUCUUUUCUAUUGUGCUUGAAGUUUGAAGGAAGGAUUUCAGUUGACCUGCAAAAAGAGGUAUGCACAUGAUGCAUGAAGGUAUUCAAGAUGAUGUGGAUCAUAUAAACUGGGUAGUGUAUUCAAUCUCCCGUAUUAUGCUGUCCAUUCUCCAUACCUUUUGAUAAACAUUCAAAAUUGCUAAUGUUUGUUCACAUUCUCCAUUCAGCUUGUAACUCAAUUCUAUAUUUCUACUAAAUCCAUUUUAGUAUCAAACACAUGAACCAGAACUUCAUCCUAGGUUUUUUUUUUUUUUAGUGUUUUUUUCGGGGGGGCGCGGGGCUGAAUUGUUUGAUUCCAGUCUUUUAGUUACUAUCUAGAGAACCAUCCCAUUUAGCUAUGCAGUCUCUGCUUAGUUAUGAACCUCCUCUUCCUCUUUUCAAUUACUCCAAUCCUGAUUUGUUCUGGUGCUGGUUCAUGUCUUUGUUUUCAAAUGGCGUUAAAGCUAGGUUUAGAAUUAGGUUUGCAAGCUUUAAUUUGGGGCUAUCCAAACUGAGGUUCCUGAAAGGAUUUUGGCCUGAGAUGUUGAAACUUACUGAAAACUUGCAAACGUCUAAUGUAGAGUCACCAUAGUUGGGGUCAUCUAGAAAGUGUAAUAAAUAUUUAGGUUAGCUGUCAACAGCAUUCUGCCUUUUGGUUAAGCAUUGACAAAGUGCUUUGUAAUUGACAUUUAAAAUGGUGUCCCAGUGCACUUGUAUUAUUUUAUAUCAGCUGUCAUGCAUUAUCUAGAUAAAUCCUGUGUCUUAAUCAUUCAUACCAGGAGCUAAUAUUUUGGUGGAUUGUCCACAUCAUAAGACCUGUGGAGUGGAAACAAUCACCUAAAGCACAAACCACCCUUUCUUGCAUGUUUUAUGCCUUGUAUAUUUCUGUUCCAUCACAUUCUGAGAGGAGGAAACAGAAACUUGAUAUAAAUGCAAUAAUUUAUGGAAUGAUUUUGCCUAAUGCAGUUUCAUUUCUUAAGCACUUGUUGCACACUGAUGCUGUCUCUCCAUGGAAAAAACAAACCUCAGGGUUAUUUAGGUUCGUGGGUUCCUUGCCUUUCACAGCAGAGUUCUUUUUCCUCAAAUUUUUGCCCACUCUUCCUAGACUAUGAGGGAAGAGCUUCCCCUUCUAAACAGUUAAUUGGCCAACAGGUUACAUAGUUGCACCCCUUUGAUUUGAGGUGGUGAUGCCUCCCCUGUACUUAAUUAUACCUUGAAGUCCUUGAAGUAGUAACACUCCAGCAGUCUCCUUCCAAUUGUGCCAAUUUUAUAUUAUUAUUGCUGUUCUUAAAACAUAGAACUUGCGUCUCCAGAAAGCAUUUGUCAUUUCUGUUUGUGUUAACACCCUCUGGUAUCUCAGUGGAGAAAGCGUUGCAUAGGAUUCAGUUAGAUGUUCUGCAAUAUUGUCCGAGUUGCAAUCAUAGAAUCAACAGUCAAGUAUUCUAAGGGCUUCUGUCGAUCCUGAUUUGUCUCUUUCUAUGCUUCCAGCUUACAGUUGGGAAUUCAGGAUACUUGGAACAUGAAUCGGGUAACAUUUUAAAAGAAACUUUCUUGAAGGAAAGGAAUAUUUUUGGUUUUUUUAAAGAGGGGUUUUAGGCCCAGCUCCAGAAGCUUUUAAAAUGUGUUCAGCACGGCUUUGGAAGGUAGGAGUUGGACAAUUAUAACAAUGCUGUGUAAUUUCUUUUUUUACAUUGAAAAUAAAUUGUCUUUUUAUAAA